AUGGCGACACCGGACAGCGGAGCCGGUCCCGGUUCCCGAGGAGCUCCUUUGAACUGCACGGGAGCAGGCGGGAGCUCACUCUGCUCAGUCCGCGCACCCGGCGGGCUGCACGAACUGUCCAAUCGGAGGCGGCGGUGUGGGCGGGACUUCCGGUGCUGGCUCCGGGACUCGAGCGCGUGGCUGGGCGUCCCUCCUCGCCGGGACCGCGGUCUGCGAGCUGCGCGGAAGGACUCCGGGGAGACGCCUGCGAUGAAACCCUAUGUAUGUAAGCAAUGUGGGAAAGGUUUUUUCAGACAGAGAGAUUGUGAAUCACAUAUACGGACACACACUGGGGAGAAACCCUAUGUAUGUAAGCAAUGUGGGAAAGCUUUUAGUAGCAAAGCAGGUUUCCAAAUACAUGAAAGGAAUCACCAUGCUGAGAAACCCUAUGUGUGUAAGCAAUGUGGGAAAUCCUUUGUCAGACACAGAGAUUGUGAAAUACAUAUAUGGACUCACACUGGGGAGACACCCUAUGUUUGUAAGUACUGUGGGAAAGCUUUUGUCAGGCAAACAGAUUUUAAGAGACAUGAAUGGACUCACACUGGGGAGAAACCCUAUGUAUGUAAGUACUGUGCGAAAGCUUUUAGCACAUCUCAUAAGUGUCAAAACCAUGAAAGAAUUCAUACUGGGGAGAAACCCUAUGCAUGUAAACAAUGUGGAAAACUUUUCCGCACAAGGAGUCUUUGUCGAACUCAUGAAUGGACUCACACUGGGCAGAAACCCUAUGUAUGUAUACAAUGUGGGAAAGCUUUCAGCAAAAAAUCAGGUUGGCAAACACAUAAGAGGACUCACACUGGUGAGAAACCCUAUGUAUGUAAGCAGUGUGGGAAAGCCUAUGUUGCACACAGAGAUUAUAAAACACAUGUAAUUACUCACACUGGGGAGAAGCCCUAUGUAUGUAACCAAUGUGGGAAAGCUUUCAGCAGGCAGUAUAGGUGUGAAGUACAUAAGAGAACUCACACAGGGGAGAAACCUUAUGUAUGUAAGCAGUGCGGAAAAGCUUUUAGCACAAGUGCUGUUUUUAAAUAUCAUGAACAGACUCACACUGGCGAGAAACCGUAUGUAUGUAACCACUGUGGGAAAGCUUUUAGCAGACAAUAUAAUUGUCAGGUGCAUAAAAGAACUCACACAGGGGAGAAACCCUAUGUAUGUAAGCAGUGUGGGAAGGUUUUCAGAACAAGUGCUGUUUGUAAAAGUCAUGAACGGACUCACACUGGGGAGAAACCCUAUAUGUGUAGGCAAUGUGGGAAAGCUUUCAGUGGAAGAGCAGGUUGGAAAAAGCAUGAAAGGACUCACACUUGUGAUUGAUCCUAUGUAUGUAGUCAAUGUGGGGAAGCCUUUGUUCCACACAGAGAAUGUGAAACGUGUGUGUACUUACUGGAGAGGAGCACUACUGUUUAUGCAAUGUGGGAAAGCACAGGCCGAAAUUGUCAGAAUCGUGAAAGAACUUGAACGGAGAAAUCCUAUGUCUAUAAAUUAUGUGGGAAAGACUCACAACAUAUUAUGUUUGUCAAAGACAUGAAAGAUACCACGCUGGGAAUUAAACGUAAGUAGGAAGUAAUGUGGCAAAGCCUUCAGCUCAUGUGGUCAUUGUCAGAGAUGUGAAGAAACAUACACUGUUGAAACACUAUGUAAGCAGUGUGUGAAUGCAUGCAGUACACACAGAUGUUGUCAAGUACAUGAAAUAAAUCACACUUGGGAGAAAGCGUAGAAACAGUUAAGGCCAAGCCUCUGCGCAGUGAGCAUCACACACAUUGAGAAGGGAGAGUGCAGUAAGUGAAUGAGUGAAGUGACUUAGACACGAAUGAGACCAGGAGAAGCUUUCCUUCUA